GCCAUGGCUCCAAAUUUAAGCGGCCCACCUGCGUCAGGGAAGUGUGAGGGGUGGGAGACUUGUGGUACGCAACGCUGAUCUGGCGGGAGCUCCUUCCACCAUUCCCCAGUCGGAGUCCGCUUGGUCACUUAUACCUGCCUUCCCCCUUUGAGUCAGGUGCUCAAAGCUUCCCCUCCGUCUGCCACACUCAAAGCAUUUGCUUGCCCGAUUGUUCCUGCUGCGCCUGUCUAUCAUCCCGAUUCAGAUCGCUUUCGAUCAACCAAAUCCACCCAAAAACUAUCCGUAAAUCCGUCCGAGCCACACAACCCCAUCGCCAUGUCAUCACGACUUACAGCUCCCGUGUCCCAACUUGCCCGCUGCUUCAGCACCACACCCGCCGUGGCCCGGCCGAGCCACCUUCUCAACCAUGCAUCAAAAGCAGCUGCGGCAGCCACCGGCGCGGGCAGGAUAACCAAGCCCGCCGUUGACGAGCCCUCCGAACGUCAACACUCCACGGCCGCCACGACCCCCCACCGCCCUCUUGUCCCCAAAACCACCCCCGCCAUGACCACAAAAACAAUCCCCUUCAUGCAAACCUUCCACCACUCGGCCCCCAAACCCAUCGCACCCACCUUCAGCACCAUCGACCGCGCCAUCCUGCCGGACCUCUUCGAACCCACCACCGGCACCACGGACCCCUACGCACACAUCCGCGUCCCCCUCCUCCCGGACAACGCCUCCCCCUCGCCGCUGCACUUCCGGCAGCCGGAAGCCGCCGACGAGCCGCUGCGGCAGCCCGAGAUCCUGGUCGUGGCGGCCGACCCGUCGCGCGUGCUGCCCGCCGCGCUGACCGAGGUCGAAGGGAUGGGGGUCGAUGGUGUCGAGCUGGGCUUCGCGCAUCUCUUGGGUAGGGAGGCGGAGGCGGAGGAGAGUUAUGAGAUGGGCGCGGGCAUGAUUCGUGAUCUGUGGAGGGGUAUGGUUGAUGAUGUGCUCGGCCCGGCGGGGAGGAAUGGGGGGAAGGGGGCUGCGCCCGCUUGAGCUUGAAUUAGGGGGUGCCUGGGGUUGGGUGACGGUGGUGAGCGGUGAUUUUUGGGGGGAGAGAAAAUGGGUUUCUAGCUUAGGUGGUGGGAAGUGCAUGAUUUGUUGUUGUUGUUGCUGUAUGGCAUGACGAUAUUACUAUGGUUGUAAUUGCUCCACUUGAAAGGCGGGCCCAGUGCUCAACCGCGGGCUUUCUUCAGGCUGUUUUAUUUCACAUUCGCCACGGACCGAGUCUCAGAAUGCAGAA